UGUCUAUUGGCGAAUUUAAAAACUAUGACACUCAGUUUUGGGAUGUUAUCAAAUAAGUAAUUUAUUUUUUUGUAAAACAAUGCCAGGGUGAAAGAAAUGUUGAUACAUAAACUAAACAACAUGAAAAAAUAAGGCAUAGUUUUUCAAGUACAAAUAGUUUUGUCAUGGAGUUGGCCCACUUUUGGGCAUUGUCCUUUAAGGUAUAAUUGUAUAGGAGUAAUAUUAAAACAUAGUCUAAUGCUAAAAAGACAUUUAGUCAUAUUUUUCUUUCCUUCUAGCUGUGUAAUGCUUCAAGUGCAUUAAAUCCAUUGAACGGUACACAGUUAAAUCUUAACACAGCAUUAUGACAGCAUAAUUAACCAGUAAAACAAAGCCUGUAAAUGUAGGUGUCUCAAAUGAAGAUAGAUAAUUUCUUACCAUUCAAUCAUUUUUUGUUAAACUUAGUAUAUAAGUUUACAUUUAAUGUGUAUAGUUAAACCUAAAAACAUAUGUUCAAUUUGCACGCAAAAAAUACUAGGCCUAGCUAACUACUGCAUCAGAAAAAAAAACAAAGAAUAUCCUGAAACUAAUUGGCUUAAUCGCACGCAUCGAUUCUAUAUAAAAAUUACUAGAGUUGUUCAUUAUCACUCUGGUUACGUGGAUCAGAAUGAAUAGUCCGAUUUGGGGUAUACUGCUCGCAAUAUCGAUACAAAAUGUCAAAUCGUACAAAUUCGAUAAUUUCACCGUCCAACCUGCGGCUCGACAGUUAUUGGAUUUUAAAUUGGAACAUCCGGAACCAAUUGGACUAUGGACAACCACAUCUGGAGAACCAGUCGAGAUUAGAGAAAAUACCGCCCAGAACACAGAUAUUAUAUCGAACCAGGUAUUUUUAGAUUUGCAAACAAUAAACGAUGGUGAAAGAGUACCCGAAAGAAUAGUUCACGCUAAAGGCACUGGUGCCUAUGGUUAUUUUGUGGUAACCAAUGAUGUUUCCAAAUACACAAAGGCUGAUGUUUUUAAUGGCAUAGGGAAAAAAACACCUCUUGUAGUCAGAUUUUCUUCAUCGGUCGAAAAUUUGGGCGGUACGGAUCUUAAGCCCGAAAUGAAAGGCAUGGCCGUCAAGUUUUAUACUGAGGAAGGAAACCUAGAUUUACUUUGUCUACAGAAUCCUGUUUACUUUUAUAGAGACGCAUUUUUCUUCAGCUCCUUAGCCCACGGAUUAAAAAGGAAUCCGCAAACGAAUCUGUUCGACUUCACUUUGUUUUAUGAUAUAAUAACAUUACGUCCAAAUACUCUGCAUGCUUUCAUGUGGACUCAAUCUGAAUACGGGAUUCCUAAUGGAUAUAGGAAAAUGAACGGUCACCCUAUUCACACGUACGAAGUGAAUAAUAGAAAAGGGGAAAAGUUUUAUGUGAAAUUUAAUUUUAGAACUGAACAAGGCUUAGACAACCUUACAAGGGCAGAAACAAUUCAACUAGCCGAUCCUGAUUACUAUAUCAGAGAUUUAUACAAUGCAAUAGAAAAUAAAAAUUAUCCAUCUUGGAGAUUAGAAAUGGACGUAAUGACGUUUGAAGGGGUGAAGGAAGUGGAUUAUGAUCCGUUUGAUGUAACCAGGCUGUGGAAAAAUGGUACAUACAUCACUGUACCUAUUGGUCGACUUGUAUUGAACAGAAACGUCAAAAAUGUUUUCCGAGAUGUUGAGCUGAGUGCCUUCAAUCCUGGUAAUUUAGUUCCCGGUAUUCCUGGACCACCAGACUUCAUGUUUAAAACACGUAGACUGUUUUAUAGAGAUACCCAAAAUUAUCGCUUAGGGAGGAACCACAAUAAAAUAGACAUCAAUAAACCAAAAUACGCAAAGCUUUACAGCCGUGACGGGAAACCUCCCGUAGAUCACAACAUGGAAAAUGCUCCAAACUAUUAUCCGAAUUCCUUUAAUGGACCAAUCCCAUACGUGGACGAGAGCAAACCUAGAGAAAAGUUACUGAUAUUGCAGAGCAACGCUGUUGAUUUUGAACCUCAUUCGUACUUCUACAACCAUGUAUUAGUCAGAGAGUCUCAAAAGCAAAGAUUAGUGGAUAACUUGGCUGUAACCUUAGUGUCAGUAACCUCUCCUGUCCUAGAAAGAACAAUUAAACUAAUGUAUCUUAUCGAUAAAGAUUUGGGAAGACGCUUGACUGUCGCUUUGGAACUAGCAAGAGUUGCAGCAGCACAAAGAGCUCAAGCAAUAGCUGCUCGCAAUGGGGAACUGACACCGAUUAAACGCAAAUCAGACUUACAUUCAGAAGACUCUAAGGAUGUUAAACUGCAAUUUGUUAAAAGAACCAAUUAAAUAUUAAUGUGACUUC